AUGUCGGGCUCGCGGGCGCCGGCGGCCGUCUCGGACACGGGCCCUGGAGCCUUUAGGAAGUCCUGGCCGGAGCUGCUGGCGGGAAGGGUUAAAAGGCAAAAAUUGAAUCCUGAGAGGGGACAGAAGUUACAGGAAGCAGCAGUGCACCUACUGAGAAGCCGUCAAAACCUGGAUGACCUUCUGCUUGAGGUAGAAGGUCCACAGUGUAAAAAAUUGUGUCUCGGCAAAUUGAUGGACUGUGACAGUUCUGAGGGCCAUACAAGUCCUUCUAAUUCAUUUAUAGGCUCAGCUUUGCAGGAUCAAGCUUCCACACUGGGGGUUCCAGUGGGAAUCCUGUCAGCCAGGAUGGCUGCCUGUGGCAUUGGGGCGAUAUGUCAGGCCAUCGGGCCGCCCCGACCUACUGAGCUGCUCGAUGCCGAGCAAAGGAAGAAACUGUCUUCUUUGAUAGAGAUUACUCAGUACUUAGUGGCAAACAGCAUGUUCUGCCGUCUUUUCUUCUGCCAAGAAUUAUGGAAAAUGCAGGAUUCUCUGGUGCUGGAAGCUGUGUGGCAUCUUCAUAAACAGAAUAUUGUGAGCCUGCAAGAGCUGCUGGAAAGGCACUCAGACGUGCAGGUCCUGGUGGUCUGGCUGUGCAGGAGCCUGGGCCUUCUGUGUGAGCAGGUGGAAGCGGCGAGCCCAUCCGUCGAUGUGAAUGUCACCAGGGCAGUGCUCGCUGACUUCUUGCAGAUGCUGGUUUUGAGGGGAUUUCAGGACCCUGCGGAAGGGAGGAGAACUGUGGAGCAGGAGAAGCUGCCUCAGGUCGCCUCUGAGAUCCUGCAGAGCCUGCUGGACUGUGUCCUUGAAGCCCUGGCUGCCAGUGAGCAGGAGGGACCUGCAGUGCCCGGGGCCGCGCAGUGCUGGCUCAACAUGUUCAGCGGGCAGAUGUACUGCAGUAUAAUCACAAUGGAUGCACCAAAGAGAUUUUUUACCCAUGCCCUGACACAGAUACUCACCCACAGCCCUGUGCUGAAAGCAUCUGAUGCUGUACAGAUGCAGAGAGAAUGGAGCUUUGCAAGGACCCCGCCUCUACUCACUGGGCUGUACCAAAAGCUCAUCGUGCUACUGAGCCCUGAGGAGUUCCUGGGCCAUAUGCAAGAGGUUCUGGACACGCGUGAGGUGAACUGGCGGCUUGUGCUAUCCUGUGUGUCCACUCUGGUCGUCUGCCUCCCGGAGGCGAGGCAGCUGGUUGGAGACUGGGUGGCCCGCCUGGUGGCCCGCGCAUUUGAGAACUUCGACCCGGAAAGCUUGGUCCCUGCCUUCCUGAUCGAGCGCCAGGCUGCGCUUGAGGGCCCUGUCUUCUUCCCGCCAUACGCAGACUGGUUCAAGGCCACGUUUGGCAGUGCCCGAGGCCCCCACAGGCGCAGCAAGAAGGCGCUGGUCUUCCUCUUCACGUUCCUGUCAGACCUUGUGCCCUUUGAGGGUCCCCAGUACCUGAAGGUGCAUGUGCUCCACCCGCCCCUGGUCCCUGAACGCCUGCGCCCCCUGCUCUCAGACUACGUCACGUUAGCCCGCACUCGGCUAGCCGACCUCAAGGUUUCCAUCGAGGACAUGGGGCUCUACGAGGACCUGUCGUCAGGGGACCCCGCUCAGCCCCACAGGCAGGCGCUCCAGGAUGUAGAGAAGGCCCUGGAGGUGUUCGAGCACUCGGGAAGGAUCCCGACCACGGUGAUGGAGGCCAGCAUCUUCAGGAGGCCCUACUACCUGACCUACUUCCUCCCUGCCCUGCUCAGGCCACGUGUGCUGCCCAAGACCCCCGAUCCCCGUGCAGCCUUCAUUGAGUCCCUGAAGAGAGCAGAUAAAAUUCCUCCGUCGCUGUACUCGGAUUAUCGCCACGCCUGUUCUGCUGCUGACCAGAAGAAACCAGAAAGGCCCAUGGAGAAGGCUGACCCCGGCACUUCCGGCGCCCUGGGUGCACUGGAGGCGGCCCUGAGGACGUUUCAAGCUGCUGUAGCAGACCCUGUGCAGGAGGCUGCUGUGUCUGCCCACAUCGCCGUGGUCUCUGAGAGGCUGCUUGCUGUCCUGGAGCCCGAUGACACCCUUGCCGAGGUGCCAGUGAUCCCGCUUGAUGUCCUCUCCCCAGAGCUUGGGCAGCCAGAGCAGGAGGCCGUGGAUCUCCUGCUCACCUGCUUCUGCCAGAGCCUUGCAGCCGCCUCCAGCUCCACCCCACCACAGAGACAGGGCCCCUGGGCGGAGCUCUUCGUAAGGCUGCUGUGUGGGCGCGCGGUCCUGCCUGCUGUGCUGACCCGCCUGUGCCAGCUGCUGCUCCAUCAGGGACCCCACCUGAGUGCCCUCCACGUGGUGGGGCUGGCCGCGCUGUCUGUCCACCUGAGUGAGUUGGGGCCGGUGCUUCCACAUGUGGACCUAGGCCUACCUGCCUUCGCCCAGGGCCUUUCCAUAGCCGCCUUCCUGGACAUGCUGCUUCCCUGCAGGACCGGGAUAUCCCUGCUCCUCUGUGGGAGGUUCUGUACGGCGGCCAUUGCUUAUGUCUUGUGCAAGUCUCCCUCGGCAUCCUCUGACACUGGGCACGGGCGACUCUCCCCCAGGCUCGUGAAGAAGUUCCAGUUUGUCGUGUUGAGACUAUUCCCCGAAGCUCAGGAGCCCUGCUCUGUCCUGGGUGACAUUCCCUGGAGGCCCCUGUGCCUGCCUUCUGUGGACUGGACCAAAGCCGCCCUCCAUCUGUGGGGACACAGGGCUUUCCGACAGCUGCUGGAGGAGAGGGAGUUUCAGUUAACGUACAGAGACUGGCUGCAGCUGGAACUUGGCAUUCAGCCGGAAGCAGAUAUUCUCUCGGACGUGGAAAGGCGAGACUUUCACCAGUGGGCCAUCCACCAACACUACCUGCCUGAGCCCAUAUCUGAGGGGGGAUGUGGCGGAGACCUGGAGGUGGCCUGCAGAAUCCUGACCGAGGAGAUGAUAGACCACUGCCAGAGUUCACGGGGCCAGGAGCGCCUGGAGAACCCCGAUUUGGUCCCGAGAGGCCGAAUGGUCAACCCAGAUAUUCUUUCCAGGUUGCAGGAAAUGGUUGCUGAGCUGGAGCUGAGGCAGGGUGGCACUGCUGGAGGACACUUCCUCUUCGAGGUCUUCCGCAGGCGGCUGCAGGCGAUGGGAAGCCCAGUGACAGUGGCCAGCAGCCUGCUGAGGCAGCAAGAGCUGCUCCUGCACAAACGGGUCCUCCUGAGCUUGCCUCCCACUGUGUUCUUCGCCAGCCUCCAGAGGCAGCCAGCAGCCGUGGACUGUGACGAGUUCUUGUGCUGGGUCAAUUCUGAGCUGAGAAACUUGUGCUGCCAUGGAGGUGCCCUGACUCACGACAUCACUGCCCACUUCUUCCGGGGGCUCCUGAGCAUAUCUGUACGUGAUCAAGACCCGUCCUUGCUGGUCAGCCUGACCCUGGCAGCUUGCCAGACAGAGUGUCCGAUAAUCCUGAUCUCUGCCCUGCUGUGGUGGCCACGCCUGGCGCCAGUGCUCACAUGCCAGUGGAGACAGCACCUGCAGAGCCCCCUGCCCCGAGGGCUGCAGCAGCUGGCUGAGGCCCGGGCCCUGGCUUGGAGCUGCCUCUCCCUGGACACAGCCCCACCUACCCCAGCAAGCCAGCCUUCCUGGGUCUCUGCGGCUGCCCUGCACUUAGCCAUCCAAGAAGUCUGGAGGGAGCCAGGCAAGAAGGAGCUGCAAUGGCUGGACUGGCAACAAGAGGAGGUGCUGCUGUUCCUCUUAUUCUUCUCCAUGAUGGGUCUGCUCUCAGCACAGCUGGCACCACAUGAAGUCAGCGACUCUCUGAGGACAGUGGAUGUCUGUGUUCCCAUCCUUGAGUGUCUGCAGAAGAGGAAGACAGCUUGGGUGGCACUUUUCCAGUUGACAGAGACAGGGGCUGGAUUGAGCCGUGUUGCAGGGGCUGGAUUGAGCCGGGUGCUGCUCCAAGUGGCCUCUGACCAGCACAUCAGGAUGCUGCCACUCGCCUUCUUCAGCCUACUCCCCCAUUUGGACCCCGACACCCUUGUCAGGGAGGAUGCCUUCCUGCACGUUGCUGUGGACAUGUACCUGAAGCUGGUGCGGCUCUUUGUGGCUGGGGAGACCAGUACCCUCCCGACUCAGGCUGCCCAGAGUCAGCAGGACCACCAGAGAGAUGCCUUGGGACUGAUCACAAAGGCUCGGGGCUUCCUGUUGCAGUCCAUCCCUCGGUGCCCGGAGAGGAGCUGCUUGAACUUGAUGGAGCUGCUGGAGGCUAGCAAGGACCUGGACCCUGAGGUGAGCGCCGCCCUCAGGAAAAAGCUGCCAGUUCCUCCCAACCUGGACCCGGACCCGGACCGGGACCCGGACCCGGACCCGGACCCAGACCUGUAUCGGGAGCCCAGGCUCUUCUGACAGGAGCUCCUGGGGAGGGGGAGGCUGCCCUCCAUCCCAGCUGCUGAGUAAACAAAUGUGGGCACAGCCUCUGCGCUCUGGUUACACUGCA